AUGUUAUCCACAUCCCAUACUACCUGCUCGUCAUCCUCAUCCCCAUCAUCUUCAUCCUCUACCUUUGUCUCCUCCCAUCCUUCCUCCACAACCUUGGUCUCACCCAGUACCUACAACUCCUCCGAUUCCAUCUCAAAUCCAUUCUCAUAUGAGUCCUUGACAUUGCACACCAGCGAAGGUGUCACAUCACCCCUCCGGAGCAUGACUCCUCUACGACGGGAGACCGCGGAAAGGGACAUGCUGGAUGGGAUUGCUCAGUUGGCAGUGAUGAUAGAUCGCAAAGAUGGCCUGGACGAGAACCACCAUGAAGAGCGGGACAGACUUGCGUCAGGAAUUGAAGACGCCAAGGUACUACUUGGGUUACACCUCUGUCGCAUUGAGGAUGAUCUCACCAGACAGGUUCUCCUCGAGACGUUCUUGCUUCACCUUGGACCGACAGAUGCACCGUGGAUGCUUGCUCCGCUUCUCACACGUCUUGCAAGGGGAAUUUGA